GACAUAAUGAACGACCGUAGUUUUUUGACAGCCGUACACUUGCAAACUGUUCGUGAUUUUUUUCUGCUCUGAAUAAACUUUGGCGAAAAACGAUGGCAGCCGUAAAUAAAUUAUCUGUUUUGAGCCGUGCCAUGAGCACCUCCACUCAAAUGGUUAAGCCACCAAUACAGGUUUUCGGCUUGGAGGGCCGUUACGCCACUGCCUUGUAUUCGGCUGCAACUAAGGCCAAGCAAUUGGAUCAAGUAGAAAAGGACUUGGCUGCUUUCAGAGCCACCCUUGCUGAAGACAAGAAAUUGCGCGAACAUGUCACCAGCCCCAUCAUCAACAAGAAGGUUAUGGCUACCGCCUUGAAGGAAAGUGCUGCCAAAUUGCGUUGGGCUCCAUCCACUGGCAAUUUGUUGGGUCUUUUGGCCGAAAAUGGUCGCUUGAAUGUUUUGGAUCGUGUUAUCAAUGCCUUCCAAGUUAUUAUGGCUGCCCAUCGUGGUGAAGUUGUUUGCGAAGUUGUCACUGCCAAGCCUUUGGAUUCUUCCCAAAACAAACAAUUGGAAAGUGCUUUGAAGGCCUUCUUGAAGAACAACCAAACCUUGAAAAUCACUUCUCGUGUUGACCCCAGCAUUAUUGGUGGCAUGAUUGUAUCCAUUGGUGAUAAAUACGUUGACAUGAGCAUUGCCAGCAAGGUUAAAAUGUACACUGAUGUCAUUUCCUCCGCCGCUUAAGUUAAAUAAAGUUUAUUUAAACAAAUGAUAAAACUAUAAAUAUUUGUUUUUAAAGAACUUUAAGUUCUAUUAAAAGUUUUAAGUUAAUUUUAUUUUGAAUAUACCUACCUACAUACAAAAUAAUUAUGUUGUAACGAAAUUAAACUGCUUUUCAAAAAGAUAUUUCCGAAUUAAUACAUAUAAAGAACAACUCUUGGAUGAACGAUGUUUUACUAGAGUAAAACAAUAAACAACAAUAAAAGAUAAUGGAUGCUAAAAAAA